GAUUAUCGAGUAUCUGUAAGCAUUUCAGUGUUUUCUUUGUUCUGUUGUGGUGUAUUUUUUAAUAUAUAUAACUUUUUAAAGUAUUGCCUACGCCUAUGUAUUUACAUAUAUGGAAACGUAUGAUAUGUACUUCUCUGUGUUAAUUUUUCACGAAUGAUGUUUUUAAUUCCAAGUUAAUUAGUAAUCCCACAAAUUUUAUUGAAAAAUUAAAACAGACAGAAACAUUUUUAAUAAAAAUAUUUACUUUGAAUUUCAGUAAUCACAUUGUCGCGCAUCACUAUUGCCACAUUUCUUAUAUUAUUUUUAUAUUGUACUUAAUCCUUUUGAAAUUGCUCAAACUAUCAGAGAAUUUCUAGCUGAGGCAGUACUAUAGAAUGGUUUUGAAUAUUUAUUGUUAUUUAAAAUUGAAAUUAGGUACUAGCUAUUCUAAAUUCGCAUUUUAACAUGAAUUAAUAGAAAAAUAAAUAGUAUACAUUUUCAGUUUAAUACAACUCGCAACGUCGACGCGCACAUCGUGAAACCAAUGAGACUAUAACGCAUGCGUUUAGAUGUUUAGAGUGGUGGAUAAAAUUAUUAUCAGUUCCUUCUUGCAAUGAAAAUUUUGUCGUUAGUAUUAGGGCAAUACGUGAAAUUUUUCCCUUUUUUAUUGCCAACGUUAUUUUAUUUAAACUACAAUUUAAUCCUUUGUUUUAAAUAAAUGUAUAGACAAUCGUAAUUCCGGAUAAAUGAAUUGAAAGCUGCGGGGUCCUAGAUAAGUGUUCGAACAAACAAAAAUUCAGGAAAGUUCGAUGGAAAAAAUGUCUUGCUCAAGUAUUGUUUAAAAUGUUUUAAGUAAUUAAUAUAAAUUGGAUAUAUUCAAGAAUUUAAAACAAUGGUUUCGACAAGGCAAAUGACAAUAGGGAACAAUGGAGCUGGUGAAAGUAACCAGUCCACUAGUGAAGGACCUGCAAAAUUUACCAGAAACAGCACAAGUACGACAACUACACUUGCUGGUUGCAGUAGUUCUAUGCAAUACAGCAGAGUUCCUUCAUCACCUGUGCAAUCAACAUACCUUCUUGAUUUACCUCAAGAAAUUAUAGAAAAAAUAUUUAGUUACUUAAGAUUUAAGAAUAUCUGCCAAUUAAGAUUGGUGUGCCGUACUAUAAACCGCAUAUGCGAACAAAUUCUUAAUUCUCACUUUUUACGUCUACAAAAUCAAAUGCUUCAAAGGUUUCAAGAAAUCAAAGCCAAAAUGCCUCGAAGGGAGUCCGCUAGACGUAGUCAUCAUCUUGCCUGUGAAAGUGACAUCAUAGAAACUUUACAUAUGCGUUUGACUCUUUUACAAAUGUCUUUCGGAAAGCAUAUUGAAAGAAAACAUUGUUGCUUUUUUCCAGGAGAUAUUUUAGAUGAAGUGAACGACAUUUUACAUUAUAUUAAAGUUACUCCCAAAUUAGACCUGCCUUAUAAAGUUACUGACGAAAUGUUUGAUUUGUCCACAAUGGCCAUGGAGUACUUUAAAGAAAAAAUAGAACCGAAUUUGCCAGAAAUUGCUUAUUUUAGUUCUGAUUUUUUGAGUUUUCCGGGAAGGUUUACUAAUUCUUCUUCUCUUUUGGCGGAAACAUCUAAAGAUAGUGGCCAUGCAUCUACUGAUGAAAUAGAAAGUGGAGAAGAUAUGGUUGAGACAAUUCCACAGUCUAAUAUGGUACUACGUAAACGUAUUAGAAAAAUUAAACAAGGGAUGAAGCGUUACAAUAGUCAACUUAGUUUGUUGCGACAGGAUCUGAGGUCAUGUAAAAAGAAAACAUCUGAUCAACAAAAACAGAUAUCGGAGCAACAGAAACAGCUUGCUGAUCAACAGAAACAAACUCUUGAAUACGCUACUCGUUUGGAUGACUAUGAUAAGAAAAAUGAAGAAAUCUCUCGUACAUUGCUUCAAGAAUUGAAUAAAUGCAAAACGGAGUUGCAAUAUUGGCGAUGUAGAUCUCCAACUACUCCACCAUUUUGUAAUAAUUGUGGCAAUGCUAUUGGUCCACAACCAGAAGAAAUUCAAGCUUUAAUGAAUCAAGGGGUGAAUCCGGAGGGAUUAGGUAUAGAAGUAAUAUCUGACUCAGGCAAUUUGGAACAUCCAGAAUGCUCUAAAGCUAUUGAUGAAGAUCUAAAAGCCACUGAGAAGAAAUAUGUAACUAUAGACCAGCCAAGUACGUCAGUAGAUACGCUUCCUUCUAAAACAAAGAGAAAGGUAGAUGAAGAAAUUGAGGAACAGCCAAUAAAGAAAACGCGAAGGUUUUCAAAGAUACGUAGUAAACGCAGUGCAAAGGUUUAAAAAUAUUUUAUAAUAUUAACGUUCAUUUGAGGGCAUACCGUUUUAACAGAAUAUGCUUCAUAAUCGUAGUUGAUGUGUAGCAGACCAGUUAUGAUACUAAAAAAUAGACUAGAGAGUUUGAGAAGUUAGGGCAAGUCAACGAUUCUAGCUUAAAGGACGUAAGAAAUAAUGAGGGUACUGAAUAUGGAUUCAAAUCAAAAUUUUAUAUUAUAUAUAUACAGGGUCGGAAACAAUAGGGGGAACACUGAAUUUGUGGCUAAAUUAUGACUACGAAAAAUUGUAAAACUGUAUUAAUAAAUUAGAAUCAUCUAUCGGACAUUUUUUAUGAAAAUGAAUCGUUUUACUCCUUAAAUCCUGAAACCCUAAUUAUGGACACUAAUACUAGCAAAUUCACUUGUGUUACAUGCAGAAAGUCGAUAUGCUUGCAGUAUUUCUACAAAUGCUGCUGAAAUUGUUGCUAGAGCGACUAAAAAAAUUGCACAUUUCAUGCAGUGCACGAUUUGUGAUUUGCAUUUCUGCAAUAAAAUUUUUUGUUUAAUUAUCUUUGUUCAUCUUUAUAUUUCUCAGAAUUUAUAAAAUAAACUUUUCUCAUUGUAUUUUUUGCGUCAAUAAUGGUGGUAGAGACUUUUUCUAUCCAUAGAAAUGAAUUGAUCUAUGUAGAUAUAAGAGAUAUAUAUUAUAUUAUAUGUAGAUAUAAAAGUUUAUAUAAUAAAAUAAGAAAAGUUUUUUUCACAAAAUCUCUGAAAUAUUAACAUGAACAGUUGUAACUGAAUAGAAUAUUGGAUUACAGAAGUGUAAAACUUCUUCAUGGAAUCGAGGCUCUCUCACAAUUUGCUAAAUUUAUUUUUUGUUUCCAUAAGAAUCUUAGUAAGGCUCUUACUUUCUACUAACUGCCUAGCUAAUGUUUUAACAAAACUAUAGAGGCUCGUGUUAUUUCCAGAACAUGAAGUGUAUAUUAUGUAGAAGUUUAUACUGCAGACGUCAAACAGUUUAUAAAAAAUUGCCAUAGGCCAUCACCUUGUUCGACAACCACAUAUAUAUUUGAACAUUUUUCGUCCAUUGCAUCCACACCACCUUUGGCGGAAUUGUAGUACUCUAUUAUUUCGGGUUUUCUGGUAUCUGCAAAUUGGUGUUUCAUGGUGUAUUGUUGACAAAAGAAUAACAGACUUUUCCUUUUUUAGGGAUAUACAAUAUCAGUGUCGUAUAUUUAGUAAAUCCAAAAAGUGUUAUACGGAUUUUGUUAGGUAGAAAUUCUGCAGGUUGACAAAGAUUAACUUAUUUUUAAACAGAUGGUCUGCUAACUUGAUUGAUGAAAACCAGUUGUCCUUUGUUAUAUUUCUAUUGGAAUUCGAAGGUUUAGCUACUCUGAUAACUGAUUGCAUUGGCUUCUCUAAUUUUCUUUUGUCAUGGGCUAGACCUUCAGUAUCGGUGUAUCUUUCUGCAUAAGUAUUUACAUUGUACAAAUAUUCCGUAGCUGUAAAAGCUAUAUUUCUUAUUCCAUAUUCUCUGGCUUGGAGGGAAUAUACAUGUUUAAUCGGCAUCUACCUCUAAAUUCCAUCAGCAUCUUGCCGAUGCAGGCAGAGGCGCCAAGAGAAUAAAUUUUUUGCAUUUUUUAAAGUUAUGUGAAGAAACUGACUAAUAGUGGUGGUAUGAUUCGUUUACUUUCUCUCUUCUCUAUCUUCUGAAUUGUCGAACCGCAGAGCUCUUAAUAAAUUUGAAAAUCAUUCUUUUGACAUCACUGCUUCAAAUAUAUACCUUUCUGUUCCUUCUGUGACGAAUAUGCUACUGAUUUCUUCAUUGUGGGAUUUCAAAAUUUAUAUACAUAGAAGCAAGUCUAAGGAAUCCAGUAGUUCAAUGACAUCCGCAUGAGGCGGCUUCUUGUAACCAACAAUCAUAACUUUCACUUAGUUCCAAAUUUAAUAAAACAAUUGAAACAAACGAUUUUCAAAUUUAAUUGUGUUAAGCCCGUACUAAACGAUGCGUCCAAUGCUUACAACAUUAUACGCUGGUAUGGUUAGACGCAUCGUGCAGUCAUAGUGUGACGAAUGUUUAGAUUUCAACGUUGGCAUUGGAACGUUAGCAAUGAAAAGUCGGUUUUUUUGAUCCGCGUCAAAGAAGUAUCCAACAUUGGAACGAACUUGGAACCAAUACUAGUGGUACAAUUAUACACACAUCUUGCAAUCUUGCGCAUAAAUGCUAUGUUAUUUUAAAAGAAUUUAUAUCAGUUGUAUGCUGUUCAUCACUUUUUUACCACGUUUUCAUUUCUUUAGGUAAGUUCAGAUGAAGUUAUUCGAAUGUACGUUCUCAUAAUGACAAAUGGGAAAUAAAUGUGAUUUUACACAAACGUUAAAAUGAAUAAAAAAUUUUCGGCAUACAAGUUGGGAAACUGAAUGGCAAUCUGUAAUAAUAGUAUAUAAAUUUGAUAAUGUCUUUAUUGGUCACUUUCCAUCAUAAUGAUCAACUUUUUAUUGUAUUAUACGAGUAGUUUCAAGUAUUAAACUCGAUUGUACGAUAUAAAUUCUGAAAGAACCAUAAAUGAAGUAGUUUUGUUUUGGUAUCAUCAACACUUAAUAAAAUUUCAUGAGAUUUUGAGAUUUCCUGACCUCAUGCUACAAAAAUUAAUAAACGUUCCUUUGGGAUACUGUGGUAAUAAUUAUAUUUAAAUGUCAUUGAAAAAUCGAUCGAAAAAAGACCUUUUUGAAAAAAAAAACGAAGGGAAAUUCCUUAAUUGACAAAGACAUGAAACAUAGAACUUACCUUGUAUUAUUUAAUUCAGAAAUAACAUGUCUAGUCAAAAAAAGUAUAAAUAGAAGGCGAGAAAAUUUUAUUUGAGAUUUUUCCGUCAUAAUUAAGCCACAAAUUCGGUGUUUCGCCCAUUUUCCCAGAUCUGGUAUAUGUGCCCAUAAUUAUGAAAGUGGUCUAAGUUGUAUAUUUCUUUUCGCGGUAUUUAAAACUAUUUUUACAUUAUGCGACAUUUUAAUGUAUAGCUUUUUCAGUUUAAAUUUAUAGAAAUUAAUUAUAAAUAUGAAAAAUUUUGUGUAAAUUUCACACGAAAAUGUUUUUAAGCUUGAAUUGACCUAGACCGUUUUCAAAAUUAACUAAACGUCCUAUAAAUGAUUUGAAGCAAUGAAGAACUAUGAGUUUUGUUUGAAACAAUAACUAAUAAGAUAAUUCAUGUGAUCCAUUUGUAUCUUUUCGAAAUUUUAAGAUUCUUAAAAUGUUCCUGAAAAACUGGAGGGAUAUAUGGUAGUAAAGAUAAUAUCUUUCUGUUUUCUUCCGUUACUGGUCUAGUGGUGGUGUAUAAUAGAAGUAAUUUAAUAUUUUCUUACAUUUGUGGUCUUCCUCUUUUAGGUGAGAGAUCCAACUCGUGGAAUUUGGAAUUAUCUAAAGAAGUUUUAUAGAACGUUUUAUAAGGUUCAUUUUUAUGCGGUAUUUUUUACUCUUGUUAUAGAUUCUUCUAGAAAUUUCGUUUAAAUAAAAUCCGGCUGCGAAAUUCGUUUUAUCGAAAAUUUAUUUCUUCUUCUACACUUUUCUAUCAAUUCAUAAUAAUGCUCAGGCUUGUAGUAAUUAAUUUUUUUUCAUUGUCAUUUCUAUAAAACCCAAAUCACAGUUAUUCGGCAGAAAGGAAUGACCCGACCAAAAAUUUGUGGUCUACCAUUUCAUUAUUAUUAUUUGAUGACUGAGGAAUUUUCACCCCUGUUAAUGCUACUUUUUAUUAUGUGUUUUUGAGUAGUUAUAUCUUCAAUAUGCGCUAAAAUGCAUGAAUCUACUUCUUGUGCACCCCUUGAAGCUGUAAUUUAAUCGCAUAAAUACAUCUUGACAUUGUCUUCAUGGAAAUUAUGGAAACCCAAGUUGUAAACGUACAUAUUUCGCUUAUUAACGAAAUAGUUUCUUUUGCUUUUUUCUGGUCUUCUGCAAGACAGUUCUUAGCUCGUUCGGCAUUUUGUAAAAGUACAUAAUUGCAUACUGAUUUUUCCCUUAAGUAAAUUACAUUUUUGGCAUGUGUAUUUUCGAGGAGCAUGGAGAAUGUAAAUCCAUCGAGGAAUCUUUCCACGAAGAUCAGUUCCAGUUGUUUCAGUAUUCAGAGCACGAGUUAACCGCCGUACAGAAAUUUUAUAGGUAUCUAAAAAUUUUCCGCAAACCGACACCUCUGACUUAUUAUUAUUGACAGAAAAUAUUUUUUACUGCAUUUUCUCAUGUCUUUCUCACAGAUACAGAUUCUGGGUUACAAAAUCUUUUAGUUUCCAAAAAUUAUCAAAAUUAGAUUUUAUUUCAUUAUAUUCUACGCGAUCUGAACAUUUUUUUGAGCAAAAGUAUUCACAAGUUUUGAUUUUUUUUGUUGUGUAUUCUUCGCCAUUAUUGCUUUUAAUUUCCUAAUAUUUUGUGCGUAACUAUCCUCAUUUCUUGUCCGUUUUCUUUUCUUAUAUUUUUCUAUCUGCACCAUUCGUAUUGUUUUACCUUGCACCAUAUCUGGGAUUUCUAAAUUUACAGUCUUGUUACGAUUCAUCUGAAGAUGGUAGAUAAUUGUCUUAUUCUUUUUAUACAUAUUCCUAUAAAAAGGACGUUGUCAUUAACUUAACUAAACCCCUAUCUGUUGACAUAGUGGUCAAAUAUAUAAAUUAUUUUCCACUAAUAAUUAGUUCCGAAGAGCACAACUGAAUUAUAUGGUUAGAGAAACCGGAAUUAAUUGUCGUUUUUGUUAUUAUUUGAUUGUUUUUUAUCGGCUUAUCAUCAUCAAAGAGGGCGCCGCGCCAAAUUUUUGACUUGGACCACUUUCAUAAUUAAUACUAAAUAACGUUGAACAAUUACAAUCACUAUUUGAAGGUUAAUUUUUGACAAUAUCGUAAAAAUUCCAUUGAAUCAAAUCAGUUUAAAAUAAUGUGUGGUGUGAAAUAAUUGAUAAACUCAGUUUUUUUAAGUUUUGACUGAGACCUUUUCCAUAAUUAUGGGCACACAUAUACGCAUACACUAUAAAUCAAAAGAGUUGUAAAUAACACUUGAAUUUAUUGUAGGAAUUAUCACUUUUUGGAUGAUCCCAUGUUCAUAAAUUACCUUAUCAAUGAAUCUAGAAAGUACUAUCAAGCUUGGUUCAUACUGAUAUCUUGAACUCACACACAUUAAAAAGCAAAUUUUAUUCAAAUUAUUUCUAUUUUCAAUAAGCAAUCAUAUUAUAUGAAAAAUUUAUGCAGUUCAUCUAAUUCUAUUAUUAUCUCUUGAUAUUAAUUUAGUAGAAAACUAUCUUGAAGCUGCUUCCAUUUAAUGAUAUUUUUAUAUUUGUAUAGUAAUUAAUAAUUGAACCGCCUAUUGGAAGAUGGAAAUAAAUCCAAAAAUUAAUUUUGGAGAUAACUGAAGAAAACUUAGUAAUGUAAAUGUGUUGGAUUUAUUUCCAUCUUCCAAAUUAUCUUAUACUAUAUCGUCCCAAGCCAAAACCAUGAAUGUUCAAAACUAUAAUUUCGAGAUAAUGAGUUUUAGUUUGUAAUGACAGGGAAAAAUAUGAUUUUUGUGCGAUUUUAAAUAUUUUCUGCCAUAAGUAUAAUUCGUACUGACCAAUUUAAGCAGCCUAAUAAAAUUUUGGAUAUGUUUAUUUAUUUUUUUUGGAAAAACACACCCUUGUGUUUAUGCCGUUGAAAUAUUUCAAACAAAUGUUCGCCGAACACAAUAAUUAAAAGUAAAAAAAAAUCAUUUUGUAACCUGAAAAUAAAAACUUGCAAAACAUUACACAUGGUUUGCAAGUCUUUAAACUUUGCAUUGGAAAUAGGUAGCUGAUCAUUGUUGGACAUAUUUAAUGUAACUUUUCUUUGACGUCCUUUUUGGAACAAUUUACUUCCUUAAAAUCUUCAUCUAUGUAAUAGGGUCCUUGCAUACUUUUUUUAAACCUUAACUACGUUUAGUAUAUCGUUCUUAAUCACACACUAUUUUUUAAUUUUUUUUAAACAGUAUAUUAUUUUAUAAAAAAAAUUGAAUAAAUUGAAAUGCCUAAAUGAAUCGCCAAAACGCAUUUGAUGUUACAUGAUUGAGUGUGACGUAAAAAGAAAGUAAACAGACUUAAGUGAGGUUAGAAGUAAAUACAGUUUAAACAGAGUAGUUGGGAUUCUUUUCAAAAACACUCGCAUCGUUGUGAGUAUUUUGUAGAAUACAAGAUGCUUUGUACAAUCACUAGUAUAAAAACACUAAAUAAAGUUUUCGUGCAAGUCCCUCGGGAGGACAAGCGACGAAAACAAUGGUUUGAAGCUAUAAGAAGGGAUUAUGCGAUUAUUAUGUUUGUGAAGACCAUUUCAAUGUUAGUUUUAUCUAUGGGUAUUAAAAAAAUGUUAACUUAUUGCUAUUUGAAGUUUGAAACAGAUUUGGAAAAUUGUAUGAUGUGGAAACUAAAAACAAUGCAAAAUAAUUUGAUUUUAAUAGUUAUUCAUUUAAUGUUUGUCAUGUCAAUUGGCCUUUUAAUUGCCAUUAACAAACAGUUUAAAAUCCGAGCAAGAAAGGAUUUUAACAUUGCAAUUUAUAUGAAAAAACAUUGAAUACAAAGUUUUAUUGAAAUAAACUACCUGCAGCUUUAAAAUGUUACUCCACCUAUUGAUUAUUAGCAAAGAACGUAGCAACUAUGAAUGCAUCUACCUUAGGUAGAUUGUCCGAUCUUGCUUAUAUAAAUCCUAUUUCGGCCAUCAUUUCAAUUAGAAUAAUUUUUGAAAUCCUUACAAAAACCCAAAUCGCACUAAACAACCAAUUUCUUCCACUAACAACAACAGAAUGGCGUUUGAAAGGGCGACCACGUUUCAGUAUUUACUUACUUUCUACGUCACAACCUCGGUAACCAAUAGACACAUGUUUUCUGUCACGUGUUAUUAUUCAAAUUAUCAACCUAAAUUUAUAAAUAAGAAGUAAUAUAUAAAUGUUUGAAUAUGUUAAAUACCCAAAUUACAGAUCACUGCAAGGACCCUAUUGGUUUCAAAGAAAAUUUUUGUUGGCUCAUCUUUUACAUAGCGAAGUCAGCAAACUUUACGCCAUGGAAUUUGAUUAAUGUUGAAAGACUGUGUUCCUAAUGUCUUAAAAUCCAAAAACUUCGAUUUGUCACUUCUAGAUGUCUUCGACUUGUCCUUGCAUCACAAAUAUUGUGUGUACAAUUCUCUACAGAGUACACUGGAACAUAUUUCAUCUUAACUUCUAUUUUUGAAUGUAUUGAGUCGCACAUGGCAGAGAAAAUGGAGUUUUUUUUACUUUUACAAUCAUGAGACAUUAUACGAAACUUUUUAAUAUAGUUUUGAUGUGCGAAAAUGUAAUUGUGAAAGCAAGACUGAUCCUCUUUUGACUUGACUUUCCUGCCGAACAUAACAAAGAACAUCUUGGUUGGCUAACUUGGUUGGAGAACUAAUUUUCCGUGAAUAAUUGACCUGGUGGAGAAUUGGCGGGUAAACACAUUCAUGAGUGUAGCAUGGCUAAUACUAUAAGACUUAUGGUGCACUUAGACCAAAAUGGCCAAUUUUGCAGAUUCAUGAUUUUGGCAAGGGAUGAAUCAUAUACAAAACAAUUAUUAAAAUAAACAAUAAAUGCAAAAACUAUUGAUUGAUUCGAAAAACGUAAGGACACACUAUUAUUCAUUUAUUUCUUCAUUUUCGGUCCGUGUAGUUGGACAGGUCUGAAUAGUAUCCUAUUGAAUUUGUCAAGAAUACAUUUUUUGUAUUUUUUUUCUCAUUUAUGGGUAUUUUAGUAACAUGCCGGUUUUUCUGGAUUUUAGAAGGUUUUUGUAACAACAAUGUAGCCUUGAUCAUAAAUAAAUUCGAAAAAUGUCAAGUAACCUUUAUGACUUGAACUAUUCUCAAAGAUUGUGUAUAGCGGGAUUUUGAAUGUUGUCUUUUCUAAUGAUCUACAGCUUUUUUUGAAACAUCGCUGCCAUGAGUUUUUAAAAUCAAGUCACAUUACUGCAGAAACUCUUCACAAAAAAACUACCUUGACCCCUCUUUAAAUAUAUCCGUUAUGUAUGCAAUGUAUAAAGAAUUGCGCCAGGAGAAAAAAAUUAUAAACUCAGUUUCUUUAGAAAAAAUAUAGACAGGAAAUAUAAUUUAGGGUUGUUUCCACCAGUUUAAAAAGUUUUUAGAGCAUAAGGAAAUGGUUGAAACUGAAAGAAUAAAAAUAGAAGAAACAUUUCAAGAACAUUAAGGAAAAAAGAAUUAGUUUGCAAUUCCAGGGAUGACGACUACAAGCAGUCCUCAUAACACCGGCAGGCUCAGCUCAAAUUUUUUAUUUGAGACGGUUAGUCAUCUACAAUUUGACAGUUCACAACUUAGCCAAACAAGAUGUUCUUUGUUAUGUUUAGGAGGAAAAUCAAGUCAAAAGAAGAUCAGUUGAAAUCUCUUCUGCAUACACAUUUACAUUUUCGCACAUCAAAAUAACAUUAAAGUCUGAUGGUUGUAGCGGUAAAAAAAACUCCAUUUUGCUGCCAUGUGCCUUCAAAUUCUCUCAAUCUGAUCACACAGAAAUUGAGUGCGACUCAAUACGUUCCAGUGUAUUCUGUACACACAAUAUUUGUGGUGCAAGGACAAGUCCACGACAUUUUGGAGUAAAAAAUCGAAGACUUUCGAUUAUAAGACAUUAGGAACACUGUCACAAAUCUGGUAUGUCGUUUGAAGUAACGGAUUUAACUGAGAAACCUCUGUUUUUUGCAGCCAAAGUAAGACUAUUAUACUCAUUUGGAUCGUAAAUUCUGUCCUUUCUCCUAACGAGUCUUUUAUCAGUCCUGAAAUUUUUGUCACACUGUAAAAACUUAUUGAUAUAUUUUAUUCAUUGCAACAAGGGUAAGAAAGGGUGUUAUUCUUAUUUUGUCAUCUGCUUGCAUCGCUAAAAACGUGUAAUUUUUUGAUACAAGGAUCCAUGUUCUUUUUCGUUUUCCACAAUAAACUACACACUCAUGGUAAGUAAAGAAACAGCUGGAUUUUUCCUGAACACAAAACAUUUAAAGCAAUAGUUUUCUCAAAUAAAACAUCCCUUGAAUUGGGAUCUCAUGCAUCUUUAGAUUUUGCAAAUCUUAUCUUUCCUGACACAAUGCCAAUAAUUUUUUUUAUACAUUUUUUAACAUGUUUAAGAUGCACGUAACAGCCACUGUAUUCGCAUUCUCAUUGAGAAAUUUUGCUUUUUAUUUUUGUUUCGAGUUCUUCGUACGUCGAGUAAACGUUCACUUAUGGCCAAAUCUGUAGUCAUGAUUAUAAUUAAAAUAUUUUCUGUAAUCAUUACCAUUUUACGUAUUGAUAUCGGGGGUAUUUUUCCAAAAAAUGUUCAUGAAUUAUUUUGACGUUUAGGUUGGCUUCUAAAUAUUGUGCUGUAAUGAGAUUAUUUUAGGGGAAGUUAUCGGAUAUGCUCAUGAAUAACAGCAAUAGGUUCGUUUAGUAAAACAUUACCUCGGUUACAAUUUUCCCUCGUUUAUCUUCAGGUACUUUUUAUAGCAUAUAAAAUGGAGAAAGCAUGAUUUUCACGUUUUUUCGUAUUCUCCUUUUUGAAUGGCGGCGAUUUGAGUAUUGAGUAUUCAAGGAGACUCAUCAAAUAUACGUUUUUUUUUUAUUUUUCGAUCGUCCAUUUUAAACUAAUUUAAAUAUUUGCUGUUAUUCUACAGUACUGAAAUGCAGAGUGCAAUUUUUUUUCACAAACAGUCAAUAUUACAGUUAGAUUUAGCUGACAGUAACCUCCCAUUACUUGUACUCACAUAAUAUUGACCAAGUAGUCACUGCGACUUCUGUUUUUCUUUUUUGUACAAAUGGGUAUUUAUAACACCUCUUCUCUUCCUUUUCAUAGUCUCAGCUUCAGAUUAAUUAUCAAAUGAGUCGUUACAACUAUUUUCAACGUCUCCGAUAUAACAAAGUAAGUUGAAAGAAGGAUAUAAAGGAAGGAUUUAUUUCUUUCUUUCUUCCGACUAACGGUUUUUGUGGCCCCACGAAUCUAUACCAAGUUAAUGGUUUUUAUUCCUUUCCUCGAACUCACAAUUGAGCAGUUUAAUAUAGAAUAGAAAAAUUUAGAAAACUUGACUCGUGGCAACGUGGCGUUUAUUCCCUUCUUCCAAUUGGCGGUUCAAUUGUGUUCUAGAUAAGCCGAUUAAAACUACCCUAAAUGUUUACUUACAACUUUAAGCUUUUGUUGGGAUGUAGUGAUUUUUUAUGAAAAAAUGUGGGAGACUGGAGAGACUACUUGGAAAUAUUUGCCCUCUCCCACAAAUACUCUCAUUUUAUAAUUGUAGCUUUACCCUCACGCACUGCAAAUCUUCUUUGAAAAGCCUUCACAUUUCAAAAAUAACGUAUGAUAUCCUAUUUUAAAUUUGGGGAUAUUUACUGUACUCACUCAAUAUAUAUUGAAUGGUUAAUUGAAAUUAGCUAUAUAAUAUUGUUUGAAAUGAAAUUUUGGAAGACCUGUUGAUGAUUAACUAAGACAGCUAAUCUUCAGAGCACCUCAUAUCCACGAGUGAAUAAUAACUCAUUAUAAGCGAGUAGAAUACUAAACUUUAUCCACAACUACUAAAUAUUUUGAAACUCAUUACUUCUACAUGCAUCAAUCACCCCCAUUAUUGAAGCAACUUUAAAUUACAGAAUGUAAUGAAAUAAAUAUGUGAAAUAUUUACUUAAUAUCUUACUUUUGUUUCCAGGAAUUAAUCAUCACAUGGUUUAGUUACAAAGUUAUUGAUAUCUUCGUUAAAAAAAUGUUUUCUUUUUUUAUGCUGAUAACCUUUUGCUUACCGUUUUAAUAAUAAUUUUUUCAGAAUUUUCCAAAUUUAUACCUUGUUGUAAGGUGAUCAUAUUUCUAAGCGUUGAAGAUUUAUAUUCAGUAAAGUGUAUUCACAAAAAAGAUUAAAAAAAUGAAGUGAUUUUAUUUUCCUUUUGCCAGUUCAAAAAAGAUUCAUUAUUAAAUACUUUUUUGACUUUCGGCAAUCAAUUUAAUAAAGCAGCUUCUCUAAUUUUUUUUGGGGUUAGAGAAAAGUAAUUUUCAUUUUCUAUGUACAUUUUUAGUUGAUUUUUUAACCUUUGUGUAUAACACUUACUGAAAUAUAACCCUGGAGUCUCGUGGUCCCCAAUAUAAUUUUUUUUGUUACCACAAGUUGUUAAAAAUGUUUGAAAUGAUUCAUUCUACAGCUUGUUUAGGUGUAUCUAAAUAGGCUGAAAUCAUUUUUGACCAUUAAAAUAAUUUUGUUUAAAUUAAAUUUCAUAGAUUCAUAUUUUGAUUUAAAAAAAUACAUCGAUUUCAUUUUUAAAUUUUUUUAAACGGGAUUAAAACUAAUGAUAUUUUUUGAAAGUAUAUAAAAAGUAAAAAACUUUAACAUAUUUGUAAAGUAUUAGAGGGUUUUUUUAUAAAACCCCUAACCUAAAACCCUUUGUCUUUUGUGAUCCACCAUGUUAUAAGAUUGCUAACAACGCUUAAAAUAUUUACCAAACUGUACUCGCUUUGUAACGCAUACUGGAUGAGUUUUCUUGGUGAUUUUAGCCAACAACCAGAUUUACAAGUUUUGCAAAUGCGCUUGAAAAUUAUUUUUUUACGUACUGUAUUGUAAAGUCGACUGUACAGUACUAAUUUGAGUCUCCCAAUCCCAUUUGAAAUGACUAGAAAUAAAAAAUCAAUUAACAUCAAUAAUUUAACUUUUAUUUUUGAAUUUUAACAGUAAUGGUGAAGAUAUGUGGUUUUGGGUUAACAAAAGUUUCACCCUCUUUCUUCAUUCUUGCUAAUUUCUUUUGGCUCUCGACGGAUUCUUCCACAUAUUCUUCAGCCACUGAUGAACUCUUCCAUCCACCAUACCGUUUUAAAACAUUAAUAUCAGCUCCGGCGUUGGUCAAAAGCGUUAACGAAGUCCUUCUGAAGCAAUGUCCGUUUAUACUUUUCUGGAUGCUCAAGAUUGGGAAAUUCAGCAAUUUUUCAGAUGCCCCGCCAACAGUGUGUAUUCCAGCUCUUUGAUCUACGCAUUUUCCCUGAGUGUAGCCUACCAAAAGUGCUUUUAGUGGAAGGUGUUUUCGCAAAUUUAUAUAUUUUCUAAACACAUCCAAAUAUUGCACUGAAUUGCUGAUGAUCACAGUAAAAACACUUCGAACAUGUGUUUUUGUGUGAUUAAUACAAACUACUAACUGAGAACCAAUAUCCUCUACAACGUCUACUUCUACAUUAUAAAUGUCUUCCCUUCGACUACUUUCACCAGUAAAUAAUCUUUGUCUGUAGCGUAUGAAACAGUAUGAAAAAAAACAUUAGAUAUUCUUGACUCGGCUCCUUCGUCGCCUCGUCCAUAAACAUCUAUCUCGUAUCGUACUAAAUCACUUCCCGAACUUAUAACGUAAAUAGAGAAUUUUUGGAGUUUCUGCUAUUCCUUACAUAAAUUCGUCAUUUUUUAUGCGAAAGAUGGCGUUAAAAAUGUCAACUUCCAUGAAAUGUGGAUUUACAGCUCUAGUAUAUUCAUCCGACGAUAUGAUUUAUCUCAUACUUCAGUGAAAUCAGUAAUUAUUAUAUUAAAUCGCUUAUUCAAUCUUCGUCGUGCUAAAAUAUUUCAGAUAUCAUUUUUGCCUAAUAAAAGAAUCUUACAGUCGUCGAAGUAGUACAGACAUUUUUACUUAAAUGAAACCAUUACAAAAUUAUUUUGUCGAUAGCACACUAAUUAUCCCCACAUUUAAUAAAUGGAAUAUUGUCACAUUUGACAUAGAAAGUACAAUAAUGAUUUAUCAGCUUUAAGGAAAAAUUGCAAUCACUGAUUGUUGUGUAUUCUCUAUAUCAUCUGUACGUUUUAAUGACAUAAAUUUUUUCACGGACUCUAUAAUUUUAGUGUUGUUAAAACGAUGGAGGAUAUGUCUCAGGUGUCCAUAUUUUUGUAGCCCAUACACGACAGGUGUUUGGACACAAAAUGUUAUUUGAUUGAAUUAUUUUAUUAUUAAAUUUUGUUGUGAUUUAGAUCCACAAAAUUUUCAAAAAAUCGGAUUUAAGAGAAUUUGAUAUGAGUAGUAGAGUAGUAGAGAACAAUAGAAUUUUCUUGAAAGCUACAAGCAAAGAACUUUUAUAUCAAUUUUUCUUUAGAAUACAUCGACUAUUUUUUGAAAAUGUUGUUUUUUCUAGAAAUAAUUUCAGUACCUAAUUUAGUUGUAAUAUAAAAUGUUUUUUUUACGGUCAUAACCACAUAGAGUUUAAGUGAAUUUAUAGUUUAUUUCAUAAUGUUAAAUUGAAUUUGUAAUUAAUAUUAAUUUUUUAUUAAAAUUGAAACGAAAUUACCUUUAAUUUGGACUUGAUAAAUUCACGGAAGUUUUUCUCAUAAUUGUAUAUACAAAAAAAAUUGCAAUCUAUCCGAUCCGAAUUUUUUAUAUAUAAAACAUGGAAAAUAAACAUUUGAAAGAAUUAUAAAAUAUUUUUGUGGGAAAAAUUACUGGCAUUUUCAUCUAAUUUGAAUGAAGUGACCUUUUAUUUAUCUUUAAUAAUUAGAAUAGGAGUGAUAGUAAUUAUAUAAAAAGAAAAAAAUUUUUGUCUAUUUUCAAAUUGAUUGUACUAUGUACUCUAUAUUUUAUUUACUUAAUAAAUUAUUUGUGUGACUUGUA